CGUGAACAAAACGGAGGAGGUGAAGGACGACAGGGAGAGCAAACCUGACGGAGGAGACGACAGAGACGAGAGCAGCAAGGGAGAGGAAACUUGCUCCAGCACUGAUACCUCAGACAAGCCUGACAGCACCGGUCCAGACUCCCAGAUGUCAGGUGACUUGUGCGCCCAGGAUGGGACUCUGGUUACCACGACAACAGGAGCAGGAACAGGGACGGGCGUUGCGUCUCUCCACGUGAUCCAGGCUCGUCCCCUGUGGCCGACCGGUCCGGCCCUCACGGCUCGUCUGCGUCGCCUCAUCACCGCCUACCAGCGCUUCACGCUGCGCCGCGAGCCGCUGCUCAGGCACGACUACCUGCUGCACGACGGCCUCAUCGGCAUGGGGAUGGGAGGGGCAGCCGGGGCCGCCGCUGCUGCCGCCGCCGCCGCUCACGGUCACCACGCCGGCGGGCCGUUGGCAUGGCAACUGGGCGAAGAGCUGAGGCGGUGUUCGGUGGUCGCCACAGAGCCUGAUCCUCUGUUUCUGGAGUGGCAGAGAAGGUGGACUCGUCGGGAGCAGUCAGAUUUCUACCGCACCGUGUCGUCGUUCGGCGUGGUUUACGACCCGGAGAGGAAGAGCUUCGACUGGUCCCAGUUCAGAGCGCUGGCCCGACUGGAGAGGAAGACGGACGAGAGUCUGGAGAGAUACUUCAACUCCUUCGUCAACAUGUGCAGGACGGCCUGUAAGCUACCGCCGAGGAAGGAGGAAGGGUUGGUGGAUCCCGCUGUGCUCGUAGAGCCUCUGACAGAAGAGAGAGCGGCUCGGACUUUAUACCGCAUCGAGCUGCUCCGCAAGAUCAGAGAGCAGGUCCUCCGUCACCCGUUACUCUCGGCCCGCCUCCAGCUGUGCCGCCCCUCCCUCUACCUCCCCGUCUGGUGGGAGUCGGGCAAACACGACCGCGACCUCCUCAUCGGAGCGGCGCGUCACGGCUUGAGCCGCACCGACUUCUACAUCCUCAACGACCCCCAGCUGAGCUUCCUGGAGGCUCACAGGAACUACGUCAGAGGACACCCGUCGUCUCACCUUCAUCCCCAAAGCCACCAUCAUCAUCACCCUCACCACCCGGGCUUGGCGACUCAUCCUGGCAUUUCAUCCUCAUCCUCGUCUUCGUCGUCUCACCCGCAGCUGCCUCACGCUCACUGCUGUCUGUACGAUUCGGGUUUGGGUCGACACUCCCCUCAGCCUCCCGAAUACCCUCAUCAGUCCUCUCACCAUCAUCAUCAUCAUCAUCACCACCAGCAUCACCCAAUGCCUCCGUCGGCUCCUUCUCCUUCCUCUUCCUCCUCCUCCUCUCACGCUCAUCUCCAUCCUCCGCCGCUGGACGCCCACGAUUCUGCCUCGCCGAGCCUGGGGAUACCUGGAGCUCGGCUCGCUGCAGCACGACGCGGACGCUUUGCACGGAGGGAAAACGUCCAAAGACGCACUCAACGGCUUCCCGUUUAA